UUAUCUAUGUGGUGGAUAAAGAUAGGUUUCAAACUUGUUAUCCGGAAAUUGUGCCAGGCGUGACUGGUUAGUUUGACGCUGAUCAUUGACGGAACAAUACGGUCUUCUCCAGGACCGCUUCCGGUGCUAGCACCGCAUGCGCCUUUGCGCAUAUUAAGUUGUGCCUGAUCAAGUAAAACCAGUGUCGAAGAUAAGAGAACUUGUUAUAUCUAACAUUUGGCCGAAGUAGUGUACCUGAUAGUGUAAUACCAAAACUAUUAGCGUAUUUUUUACCGAUAGUGUGAGAUUUCAAAAGUAAAGUGUCAGUAUCAGUGUUGUACUACAUUUUGCAUUUUACAGUCUCCUUCGUACAGUUCGCGUUCAAAGUGCAACUCAGUGAUUUCAUCAUUAACACAAGUACAUGUUCUGCUUAAUUCGAUCGUAUAGUUCCUACAAAAUAAAAUGGCUAUUCUAACUGCGCAAUCGACAAGCACAGCACCGUCCACAACGCUUACACAACCAACUGGAACAUCUGGUUGGGCAAAAUUUUCGUUGCUCUUGUGGAAGAACUUCCUAUUACACUGGAGAAGUAAAAUUUCCAGCUUAGUUGAGAUCUUCAUUCCGCCACUUUUCAUGCUGCUAAUGGUGGGACUACGCAGUUUGACCGAAAUCGAACAUGUUCCGCACGUUUCCGUAUAUCAGCCGUUGGAUAUCACCAACUUUAGCGCUAUCAGGAGGAAUUUAGUCGUACCUUUCCAAGAGACUAUCGCGUACUCACCCGAUGGACCUGCAUUACGCACACUUAUGGGUCCAGUCGGCGAGUGGAUGAAUCUAGAGGUGCAUGGACUACCUAAUGGGUCGGCACUGCAGGACUUUCUGCUGGGCACUAAUGCAUUUGCAGGUGUUGAGUUCGACAUACGUCUCAAUGGGACAAGUGCACUACCACAGCGUCUAAACUACAGGUUGCGGUUCCCCGGCGAACAGCGUGCUCAAUUCACAGUUGGUCACAGCUGGCAGACGGAUCGUCGUUGGGGCUCGAGACCUGACGGUGGUGCCCGGUUUGCAGAAGACAGCGAUGGGGGACCAUCGCCCGGAUACUUUCGGGAAGGAUUUCUUACACUGCAGCACUAUAUCUUUAAAGCAUUUGCAGAGCAAGUAAAAAAUAUCCCGGACCCGAUACCAGACGUGUAUCUGCAGCGUUUCCCUUAUCCACCGUUUCGGGAGGAUAGCUUCCCUUCUAGCCUGACUACGUUCCUACCAAUUUCAGUGAUGUUAGCAUUUAUAUACCCAUGUAUAAGCAUUGUGAAGAACAUUUUAUUCGAGAAGGAGAAACAAAUCAAAGAGGCUAUGAAGAUUAUGGGCCUACAGAAUUGGGUACUGUGGAGUUCCUGGUUCGUGAAAUGCUUCGUGUUUACGCAGAUAUCGAUCGUUUUAGUAGUGUUAUUCUUGAAAAUACCCUGGUAUUCGACCCCGAACGUGUCCGUGCUGACCUAUUCCGAUUGGAGUGUCAUCUGGUUGAUUUUCUUCGUGUACGGCAUUGCGAUAAUAACGUUUUCCUUCAUGCUGAGUACACUGUUUUCAAAGGCUAAUUCCGGCGGUGCUGUGGCAGCCAUCAUAUGGUUCCUUGCCUUCGCACCAUACAUCAUCAUGGUGCAAGACUACCGGAACUUGAACGUCUCCCAAAAACUUGGUUCAGCGCUACUUCUCAACUCGGCUAUUGGGUUUGCGAUGCGACUGGUUGGUGUGUACGAGGGCACAACGCAGGGCGUACAGUGGUCGACACUAUUCCAUGACAGUGAUGUUGAUGAUAUCAACAUCGGCCAGAUGUUGCUAAUGCUACUCGGUGAUGCUGUUAUCUACAUGCUAAUUGCACUCUACAUUGAACAGGUGUUUCCGGGAGACUUCGGAUUAGCGCAACCCUGGUAUUUCUUCGUUACAAAACGGUUCUGGUGCGGUGAACGCCCCACCACUGACGAACCAAUAGGUCAAACUGCUACCAACAAAAUGAAUGAUAACAUUGAAGCCGAACCGAAGGGUCGCAUCCCUCGGAUACAAAUUCGAGAACUUCGGAAAAUAUACUCCAACCGGAAAAUAGCCGUCGAGGGACUCACGUUCAACAUGUUCGAAGGUCAAAUCACGGCAUUGCUUGGCCAUAAUGGUGCCGGUAAGACCACCACCAUGUCGAUGCUGACUGGUAUGAAGCGUCCCACUUCCGGCACUGCCAUCAUUUGGGGUCACGAUAUAAGAACGGAGAUGAAGUCGGUGCGCAUGUCGUUGGGAUACUGUCCCCAGCACAACAUCCUCUUCGAUGGGUUAACGGUGCGUGAACACCUGUACUUCUACGGGCGUCUGAAAGGGCUUUCCAAAUUACAAACGGAGUAUGAGAUCGAUCGAUACAUCAAAUCGCUUGAGUUGGUAGACAAAGCGGGCGUUCGCUCGUCCAGUCUGUCCGGUGGCAUGAAGCGUAAGCUUUGCGUCGGCAUUGCUCUGUGUGCCGGAUCUCGGGUAGUACUCUGUGACGAGCCCACAUCCGGGAUGGAUCCGGCGGCACGACGUGCCCUAUGGGAUUUACUCAUUGCUGAGAAAACGCGCCGCACCAUGAUUCUAUCGACGCAUUUCAUGGAUGAGGCGGACAUGCUCGGUGAUCGUAUCGCAAUUAUGGCGGAUGGUAAGCUGAAAGCGGUUGGAUCGUCGUUUUUUUUGAAGAAAAAGUAUGGUGUUGGCUACCGGUUGAUCUGCGUGAAAAGGCCGGAAUGUGAUGUGGAACAGGUGACGGAUGUACUACGCAACCAUAUUCCCUCCAUACAGGUGGAAUCGAAUGUUGGCUCAGAGUUGUCCUAUCUGCUUCAAGAGGAACACUCGCGAGGGUUUCAAACAUUGCUAGAAGAUUUGGAGAAACGCGGCGAGGAGUUGAAAAUCUGUGACUUUGGUAUUUCACUUACCACGCUCGAGGAGGUGUUCAUGAAGGUUGGUUCUGACUCCACUGAACCCACGCAGGUCGGUGAAGAAGGUAGUUUGCACAGUUUGCAUUCGUACAGUACCGGUACAGACAUAGAGUCACGUACUACGGUUGAUGAUUAUGAACUGCUAGAAGGAUCCAGAUUGUUCCUCUAUCAAAUAUGGGCCCUGUUUUUGAAAAAAAUCUACCAGACCUAUCGGAACUGGUUCCUGUUGGUAGUACAGGUGCUAAUACCGGUGCUGUUCGUAGCAGUAACAAUUGCGGUCGUUCGAAACUGGGGAGGAUCCGGAGAUAUGCCUGCUCGAGCUAUAGGACUCCGGUUUUACAACCCGUCCGUAACACUGAUACAGAUGGAGCCAGAGGAUCAAAUUGGUACCCUUCAGGAAAGGAUCCUGGAAAACUACAUGAUGCUCUUCCAAAGUAUCCCAAGCAUACCACUACGCGGUAGAGAGUGGAUGGAAGAUGUGUUUUUGCAAUUUGCUAACGCGAAUCUAAUGCUGGUAAAUCGCCAGUUUAUCGUUGGAGCUGGUAUCUUAAAUGACAACUUGACCGCUUGGUUCAACAAUGAGGCACUACAUUCGCCUGCUGCCGCGUUACAAAUGAUGCAUAAUGCGUUGCUUACUACGUUUACCGAGUCGCCAGGAUAUAAUAUUUCCCUCACGAACUUCCCACUACCGUACACCGACGAAACACGCCUCCAAUUGAUGCGCACCUUUAAUAAUCUAGGCUUCCAGCUGGCAUACUAUACCGGCUUUGCAAUGUCAUUUGUCGUUGGAUUUUACGUGAUCUUUUACAUUCGCGAGCGUGUUACGAAAGCAAAGCUGCUCCAACUCGUAAGCGGUGUGAACCGUCUAACCUAUUGGUUUACGGGCUUCAUCUGGGACUACCUGACAUACGCUUUCGUGUGUAUCUUUAUCAUCAUAACCGUUGCCAUUUUCCAAGAACCUGGAUUUAGCACUGGUGGUGAAGUGUUUCGCCUUUAUUCAGUGUUCCUGUUCGUUGGAGUGCCUGCACUGCCGCUGACGUACAUCGUAACGCUAUACUACAAUGUGGCCCCAGCCGCAUUUAUCCGAAUAAGUGUUGCAUAUAUCGUCACCGGUACAGCUUUGUUCAUUUUCGUGUACCUGCUAGGAACGGAUAUGUUCGAGCUGGAAGAGCUGUCUGAGGUACUGUCGAAUGUGUUUCUGAUCUUUCCACACUUUGCUCUAUGUGACGCUAUCGUCAAUCUGAGCCACAUGUCUGUUACGAUCGAUACCUGUGAUGCAGUACGACCGCCAGGUGUAACUCCGUUACCAAUAUGUGAGGAUGGUCUACAAUACUAUCAAUGGAAGCGUCCUGGUAUUGGACGACAUCUGUUCUACUGUCUUACCAUGACGGUUGUGUAUUUCUUAAUACUGUUUGUGCUCGAUUUCAAGGUGAUGAAAUUGGUCGUGCAGAAAGUGCGUGAAUGGUACCAUCGCAAGCACUACAAAAUGAAGACCGAUUCAGAUACGGCUGAAAUCGAUUCUGACGUGCGGAGAGAGAAUGAACGAAUAACUGCUAUGUCGGUAGAGGAACGAUCGCGCACCAACCUGAUAGCCCAUAAAAUGACAAAGUAUUACAAUCAAUUCCUUGCUGUUAAUCAACUGAGCGUAGGAAUCAACAGCUCCGAAUGCUUCGGAUUACUCGGUGCAAAUGGAGCUGGCAAGACGACCACCUUUAAGAUGUUGUCCGGUGAUGAAACCAUCUCCUUUGGUGACGCCUGGAUCAAGGGUCACAGUUUGAAGAGUCAGUUGAAGAAGGUUCACCAGCACAUAGGCUACUGCCCACAGUUUGAUGCACUGAUCGAGGAUCUUACCGGGCGAGAGACUUUGAAACUGUUCUCACUGUUGCGCGGUGUGCCUAGGCUUAACAUAAUGCUUGUGACUAUGUACCUUGCCCGUGAAUUUGGUUUCGAAAAGCAUCUGGACAAACAGGUUAAGGCGUACAGUGGGGGCAAUAAGCGUAAGCUAAGCACCGCUCUUGCCAUGCUCGGUAACCCGUCGGUCGUAUACCUGGAUGAACCGACGUCCGGCAUGGAUCCGGGUGCGAAGCGUAACCUCUGGAACGGUGUUUGUCGAGUGCGUGACAGUGGCAAAACGAUCGUACUCACCUCGCACAGCAUGGAAGAGUGUGAGGCACUCUGUACACGGUUGGCUAUCAUGGUGAACGGUGAGUUCAAAUGUAUCGGUUCGACGCAACACUUGAAGAACAAGUUCUCGCAAGGCUUUGUAUUAACGGUCAAGGCAAAGCGUGUAGACUGUGGUGGAAAAGGAAAAGAAAGCGAUACGCUUGACCUGCAGAACAUUAAAGAUCACAUUAUCAUACAGUUUCCGGAUUCGCAUCUCAAGGAGGAAUACCAGGAUCUGCUGACUUAUUAUAUCCGCUCGAAUAGUAUGAAAUGGUCGCAGAUAUUUGGUGUGAUGGAACGAGCAAAGCAACAGUUAAAUAUUGAGGAUUACUCGAUUGGACAAACGAGUCUGGAGCAGGUGUUCCUAGCUUUUACAAAGUACCAAAGAGAGCAUUAGCAUCAUAAACGAGAGAACUUGAAAUUUAUCAAUCAAUAUAAGACAAUAGGUCAUCAUGCGCAUCAUUGUAAGCAACUGAAAGUGUCACUUUUGUCAUCAUUUUGUAAACCUAUAGCAAAGAAACACUAAUAAU